AUGAAUUCACCACAAGAGAAGCAUGAUAAGCUUAUACGAGCUACCGACUUGGAUGCAUUGAGCUGUCGUUAUAAUAUGAACAUCAAGCGGUAUCUCAAUCCCCCCGAUGAGUACAUUGAAGACUUGAUGAAGUCAUAUAGUUCAUAUUUACAAUACUGCGCUGGGUAUACAUCCUUAUCAUCGUCAAGAAGCUCAAAAUCGUUGUCUCAAGAUAGAAAGUUGCCAAUCAUAAACCGUGGGACAUACUUCAGAACAAGAGCAAUCAGCGAUGUGGUAGACGAGUUUGUGAGAGAAUUUGUGAAUUGUCAAGUUAUAUCCCUAGGAAGCGGAUCAGACACCAGGGCAUUUUCUAUACUCGAAAAGCUGCCACAGGUAAUAUAUCACGAGAUAGAUUUUGCCGAGACCACGAGAAUCAAAAAGUUGGCGAUAAUGAAGAAUAGAAAACUACGAUCCAUCCUUGGAGUGGAGGAAAACGUGCCUGAAAUCAACUCAAAGGAAUCAUUUGCUGAGUACGACCCCGACCUACAUUGUAAAAAUUACCAUCUUCAUGGAAAUGAUUUAAGAAAUGCAAACCCAGGUCCUAAGUUGAAGGGUUUUGACCCAGAACUUCCGACAAUAGUUCUCAGUGAGUGCGUUUUGUGUUACUUGUCACCCGAGGAGUACUAUUCAACAAUCAAGUAUUGGACCGGCUUAGGAAAAAACGUAACUGGAAUUCUUAUUUACGAACCCAUGUCUUUGAAGGAUCCGUUUGGCGAGACGAUGUACCAGAACUUGCAAGGCCGAGGUUUGAAUUUGCAGACCUUUGACAAGUACCCUGACCUCGAAUCGAGAUUGCAGUUUCUAAAAUCUGAGUGCAAGCUUACGAAAUUGCGCAUGACCUCUUUAAGCAAUAUUGGUGGUUACAGUAAGAAACAGCAUGCAGAUGGAUCAUGGUUUGGUGCAAAGGAAUUGCAACGGAUCAAUUCACUAGAGUUUGUUGACGAGAUCGAAGAGAUCAGGCUUUUGCUUGACCACUAUUGUCUUUGUUACGCGGAAUCUCGAUCAUCAGAGAAAGCUCCAUCAUUUUCAGGAAUUGAUAGAUGGAAUUGGCAGCUACAAGAUCAGUAA